UGGUGAACAGGGGGUGGUCCUGCUCCUCUACACUUAAACACUUGUCCUGUAGGUGUAGCCCGUCUGGUUAGGCGCUCUUACGGGCAACUUCUCGCGGAGCUGUUUCCAGCACGGAGGUCUACAGGCCAGAAACCAGACCGCGGAGCCGAGCGAGAAGAGGUUAGGUUGGACUGAAGUGAACUUCAGCGGACACAUGAGAGUAUUCGCGUGAGUCCCGACACUCCACCGCCGCAGACAUGUUCACGCGCGGCGCGAAGAAGCGACGCUCCAGUCGCUCGAUAGACGCGGAUGAGGAUCCAGACCGGGGGCAGCCGUGUAUGCGCUGUGGAGAACAGUGUCCUGGCUUCCGCAUGCAUGGAUGGAGGAAGAUCUGUGUGCACUGUAAGUGUGUGCGGGAGGAGCAUGUGGUGCGCUCUGUGCCCGGACAGCUGGAGAGGAUGAUGAUGAAGCUGGUGUCAGACUUCCAGAGGCACUCCAUAUCCGAUGACGACUCGGGCUGCGCCUCGGAAGAAUACGCCUGGGUGCCACCCGGGAUCAAGCCUGAACAGCCUCAGUACUGUAACUCUCUGGAUGAAGAAGAGAAGAAAGAAUUGAGGUUAUUCAGCCAGCAGAGGAAGAGAGAGAAUCUGGGCCGCGGCAUCGUACGACUUUUUCCAGUCACCAUGACCGGAGCCAUCUGUCAACAGUGUGGCAGGCAGAUCUGCGGCGGUGACAUAGCGGUGUUUGCGUCACGAGCGGGUCACGGCUCCUGCUGGCAUCCUCAGUGCUUCCAGUGCGCUUCCUGUAACGAGCUGCUGGUGGAUCUCAUUUACUUCUAUCAGGACGGACACAUCUACUGCGGCCGGCACCACGCCGAGCACAUCAAACCCCGCUGCCAGGCCUGCGACGAGAUCAUCUUUGCGGACGAGUGUACGGAGGCGGAGGCCCGGCACUGGCACAUGAAGCACUUCUGCUGUUUCGAGUGUGAGACAGCGCUGGGUGGCCAGCGCUACAUCAUGAGAGAGAGCCGGCCGUACUGCUGCCACUGCUACGAGUCUCUGUACGCCGAAUACUGCGACACCUGCGGAGAACAUAUCGGUAUAGACCAGGGUCAGAUGACGUUCGAGGGCCAGCACUGGCACGCGUCCGAGGCAUGUUUCUGCUGCUCCUGCUGUCGGCUCCCUCUGCUGGGCAGACCCUUCCUGCCUCGCGGCGGACUCAUCUUCUGCUCCCGCUCCUGCUCGCUCGGGGACGACCCAGACAACUCCGACUCCUGCGAUUCUGCCCUGCAGAGCAAACCAGUGUCACACAAGACCGUUCAAAACCAGCAGCGCACUUCCACACCACGGCCACAGGAGGGAGCUAGCAUCACUGCCGCCGUAGCGAACACAACAGCCAACGGGGGUCAUUUUACACUGGACAGCAAAGGUGUUCUCACCUCUUUCCAUCCUAUUCCGAAUGGCCAAACUCCACCGUAUGAACAAAUACACCCACAACACUCACAGCUCCGUCCAGCAGCCAAUGACAGGACAGCAUUCGUUUGCAAGGACCAAUCAGGCAUCAGCACACAGCAGGUGAAUCACCGGCCAGACAGUCUGGAGUUUACCGUGGAGCUGAACGGAUACGCAGAAUUUGGCCCUUUCCCGCCGAGCUGCACGUCUAGAGGGACUUCCACUGCAAAGGAUUGUGGGAACGUCAGUUGUACAGGAAUUUCCUCUCAACUGGAGUCUUCAGAUGCGUUUGAUGAUCUAAAUGACUCCGACUCCUUCCCGCCUCCUCCGCCCCCUGUUUUCUUCCAUCCGUCUGAUUCGCCAAGCCCUUCGGAUCCCCCGGCCGCUGUCACUGAAGCCGAGGAUGCCCCUGCAGCACCGGUCCGCAGCAGCACCGCCAGGGUCAGCUUCAGAGAGCCAAUCAGCUGCAGCUAUUCAGUGGAAGAGGAAGAGUGGGAGGAAGAGGAACGGGUGGAGACGCAGAGAAGAGAGGGAGAGGAUGAGGAGCAGGAGGAAGAUGGAGAGGAAGUCGAAGGAAGUUUGGGACACAGGUUGCGCUUCUGCACUGAAGUACCAUCUCAAAUGGACCUGCUGGAUGGGUCGUACCACCGCAGUUUCCGUCGGGGAAGCGGUGGCCACCAUCCCAGCGAGAAGCGGCUCAGACGCUCCCGAGCUCCACGAAGCGACAGACCUCGUCUGGAAACCCUGGAGUGCAGGGUAGGAGACCGCAGGCGGUCCAACAGCGUCCUGGACGGCAGCCUUACCCUGCACUCCACCCGCUACCGGCACGAAGACUCCUGCUCCACCUGCUCCUCUUCCUCAGAGUCCGAGGAGGAAGGCUUCUUUCUGGGCCAACGCAUUCCUCUGCCGCCGCAGCUGACGGGUGAAGAGAGAGCAGCAGAAGGACAGACAGAGGACGAGGACAAGAGCCGAAGAGGAAGCUUCAGGAGAAGAAGGACACAGAGUCUCAGUAGAAAAGACAAGGACAAGAACUGCAUACUGUCCUGAGACCAAGACGUGUGUGUUAAAAACUAAAGAACGCGCUGAAGACUCUCUGAACCAGCAAGCUGCUCAGUCCAGAUCAAAGUCGAUGAGGGACAUUUUGUAUGAUAAAAAUAGAAACUCUCUUACAAUUCUAUGCAUCUGUGUAACAGUAUUUUUAUAGAGGUGAUGAUAUAUUAUCCAACAUCAGUUUCAGUAUCAGGGUGCUUUGUCAAAUUUACUGGCAUUAUUAUUCGGGCCGAGGAACAGUUCUAAUCCAAAUUCUGUUUGUUACAGGAAAAGUAGCACUACAGUUUCUAAAGUUAUGUGAGAGAGCUAGGUGAACUAAUUUCAUUUUACAUUUCUUUACAGCUAAAGGUCACACAACACAAAUAUUCGGCACAAUAAAUUCACUCCAAUUUUGGCAUGCUGUUCAGUAUGGAAGCUUGUUUCCACCACUGAAUAAAAAUAAAAGGUCAUUGCGACUUUUUU